AUGAACCUUCAACUAUUGUGCUGUCAUGUUUGUGGCGCCGAAGGAGUUCACGGAAACCAUUUCGGAGCUACUAGUUGCAGAGCUUGUGCCGCAUUUUUUAGGUUGUUGCACAACGUUUGUAGCCGCGUCUAACUUUUCGUUUCUCAGAAGAACUGCCUUCUCGAAAUGGACGAAUGCAAAGUGUCGAGGAGGAAGUUGCGACAGAUCGGUCUAUUUCUGCAAACCCUGUCGCCUACAACGAUGUUUCGAUGUGGGAAUGAAGACUUCCAGUGAGCGCACUUUGCUGGCUUAUAGUACAGUAUUAAAGAAGGUAUCCUUUCCAGAUUUCCAAUACAACCGUGACGGUCUGCGCAACGCGACCCUCAAAGAGUUCCAAAAGAACCCGGCCCAAACGGUAGCCGGAUUUGUAGGCCGACCCGAGAUGGUCCUCUUCUGGGACUCGAACGCUCCGACGCACAAAACGAUGAUCGAUGUGAGGUGUUUGAUUGUGGAGGCCGCGAAAGUGCUCAACCAGUGUCCCGAAAUGGUCUACGUCGGUUCGAGUCAACUACAUCGGUUGGCGUUUGGAAUGAAAGUGAUCCGAAGCGGAGAGAGCACGCAAGAAGCACGACGAAUUGUGCACACCACGCAGAAAGAGGUGUCCGCCACGUGGCAACACUACUUUCUGACGGUCGCCAAGUGGCUCAUGCACUUUGAGGAGUUUCAGAAGCUCGACAGGAGUGUUCAGGUAUCCAUGAUUGUUUGCAAACGUUCUCUGACUGUUCUUCUUCAGUUCUCACUUCUCCAGUGCGUUUGGCACAUUUGGGCAACUCUCGAACGACACGCGGCCACGGCGAUACACCGAAAAAACAAUGCGAACGCGCCGAAAACCGAAAUAAUUUCGCGGCGCGGAGUGAUAAUCGACCUGGCAAAUGUGCACUUUGACGCCACGUGGCUCAGUGAUUAUCCGUCCAGACAAAUUGCUCAGUGAGUCGUACGUUUCUUCAACGUUGUCUUUCAUUCAUACACGUUUAAAGUUUUCUGCGUCAAAGUUCUCGUGAUCACUUCGGCAUUAUCGGAUCGCUCAUCGAGUUGGAGCCGACCGAAAUGGAAAUGACCUACAUGCUGGCUCAAUUGUGCUUCGAGUACGCCGGAAAAAGAUAUCAGGGAGAGAUUCUGAAAGUGACCGAACGGUUCCAAGACAUCCUCGCCAACGACCUGCAUGAUUAUUAUGUGAACGAGCUGCGAAUGGUCAAGUAUUUCGAUCGGUUGACGAAAUUGAUGAAGGUUAACAAUGCUAUACAGGUGAGCUCCGAACAAGAGGGUCAACCUGUAUUUUUUUGUUUCACAGAAAAACCUCUGGGAACACCGUCCUCGAAUGGAAGUUGCCAAACUGUUCAACAUUAUCAAAAUCGAGUUCUCGCACCCGGAAAUGUUCAAGGAUUCGGGGUUCAACUGA